UCGACGCUCCAAUUACAUCGUGAUGUCCUCCGUCCAAACUAACUCGGCUUCGACGUGUCCUAUACUAAGCAAGUUUCAGAAAGACUGCGAGACUCCUACACCGUACCUACGCAACGUAGCCAAGGCCAUUACCGAUGACAUGCGAGCCGGUCUUGCUGUUGACGGAGGAGGAGAUCUCGAGAUGCUCUUGACUUAUGUUGACGCUUUGCCUUCUGGGAAGGAGGAAGGGUUGUUUUAUGCAUUGGAUUUAGGAGGCACAAAUUUGCGGGUGCUUAGUGUGGAAUUUGGUGGAAAACCUAUUGAAGCUAAACAGAUAUCUAUUCCUCCGGAGCUUAUGAUUGGUACAAGAGAGCAACUCUUUGGGUUCAUUGCUUCAACGCUUGCAAGCUUUUUUGCAAAGGAGGAGCCGGGGCGGUUUCCAUUGGAACAAGGGAGGAAAAGGGAGAUAGGAUUUACCUUCUCAUUCCCUGUGAAGCAAACCUCUAUUGAUUCGGGCACAUUAAUCAAGUGGACUAAAGGCUUUAAUGUGUCUGGAAUGGAAGGAAAAGAUGUGGUUGCUUGUUUAAAUGAAUCUAUGGAAGCACAUGGACUCGAUAUGCGAGUUUCUGCUCUCGUAAAUGAUGGAGUGGGAACAUUAGCUGGAGCAAGGUAUUCGGACGAGGAUGUGAUGAUCGGUGUGAUUCUUGGCACUGGAACCAAUGCUUGUUAUGUAGAGCAGAAGCAUGCAAUUCCUAAACUCCAAAGCAAAUCUUCUUCUGGAACAACGAUCAUAAACACGGAGUGGGGAGGGUUCUCUAAGGUUCUUCCGCAGACCAUUUUUGACCAAGAGAUGGACGCGGAAAGCCCGAAUUGUGGUGAACAUUUAUAUGAGAAGAUGGUCUCAGGGAUGUACCUUGGUGAAAUUGUAAGGAGGGUUUUGCUCCAAAUGAGUGAAACUACUGGCUUGUUCGGUCAAUUCGUCCCUGGCAAACUCUCCCGUCCCUUCGAACUCAAGUACCCCUCUCUCACAAUCAUUCUCCGAGCCAUUUGCUUGUGGACCGAGCAUCUAAGCAAAAUGCAAAAGGACACUACAGAUGAUCUUCAGACUGUUGGAUUAGUCCUAUACGACAUUUUGGAGGUAAAGGCAAAUCUGCAGGAAAGGAGGAAAGUGGUGGAAGUGUGUGACACAGUAGUGAAACGCGGAGCGCGUCUAGCAGGAGCUGGUAUAGUGGCAAUUCUGGAGAAGAUUGAAAAAGAGACCGAAAGAAUGGUUUCAGGUAAAAGAACCGUUGUGGCUAUGGACGGUUCACUCUACGAGAAGUACCCACAGUAUCAACAGUAUAUGCAAGACGCACUAGUCGAGCUUCUUGGCGAUAAGCUAAGUUACAUUGCGAUCAAACAUGCCAAAGACGUAUCUGGGCUCGGUGCUGCUCUUUUGGCUGCUACUAACUCCAUUUACUAGUACUUGAAACUCUACUUCAUGAGUAUAUAGACUUUGUCUAUUUGUUUGUGUACAUUAUAUAUAUAAGUAAAACCUCUAUAAAUUA